AUGGCAACCACGACGCACCCCGCCCGCCUCCCCGCGGCCGCCGCCGCCGCGCUGCUCCUCGCCACGCUCCUGGCGGCAGCGCGCCCGGCCGCCGCGUGCCGCGUCACAAACGUGGACGUCUCACUGUCUUCCAGCCCCGCCGGCCUGUCCAGCACCGCCUACACCGCGGACGGCGUGAGGCAGCACUUCAGCCUGGAUGUCAACCGCGUGACCUACGUUCCCACCCGCACCGCCACCACCGCCUGCGUCGACUCACGCCACGAGUACCCCGUCAUCGGCACCCCCGGCGGCGACAUUGCCGAGUUCAUUGGUGGUUUUGCUGUCUACCUCAACCUUACAGGCCAGACGCUCACCCAGAGGCCGGCCCACUGCGCGCGCGCCCCAUCGGCAGCACCGCCCAGUGCGCAAAACUCGCGCCUCGGCGCCCAACCGAUCGGGCCGGCGGCAUCGCACUGGCAAGCACACGGCGGGCCAGCUUCGCGCCUCAGAAUUGCAACCAUUGCUGCGCGCAGGUGGGGCACCCCAAUUGGGGACAAAGUCCGCAAGACCAUCAACUACGCCAUCCUCCAGGGGCCCCUUAACGGCAAGGCGGUGGCCGUUGGUGCCAACAAAGGCGCCUGCUCCACGCGUUCCCCCGCCAUCUCCAGCAGCGCCGGCGGCUCCCAGCUGUUUGUAUACCAUGCUGAUGCAAUCGAUACCAUCCGCAAGAACACCCUGACACUUUGGUUUGUCAACUAUGCCCGCCGCAACGCAAAAACACCGCUGGAUCCCACCACCUUCUAUAACAGCGUCAAGGUACUGCAGUCAAAGCACCUGGGCGCCACCCUGCGGCUGCUGUCGCCCGUCAACACCCUCAGCGUCUUCGGCGUCUCCCUCACGACCUCCAACUGA